AUGAGCAGCGAGACGGCGAGUCAUGCGCGGGAGCAGCUCCUCGCCGGCGAGAGGAGGCUGGUGACGGUGGCCCGCACGGCAAGGCGGCGCCGGCUCGAGCUCCGCAGGCUCGGGCGCACGGCGUCUUCCGUGGCGGAGGACGAGGGAGCGAAGAGGGUGCGCCCGGCGCCGGAGGGCAGCUCGGAGGAGGAGUCGUUGGACUCGGCGAGGGUGGCGCCGGAGGACGGUAUGGCUGCGGCGUGCUUGUCCCACGGCGCGGUGUCGGUGAUCGGGCGCCGGCGGGAGAUGGAGGACGCGGUGGCCGUCGCGCCGCCCUUCCUGGCCGACAAGGCGGCGGGGAGCGGCGACGGCGACGUCGUGGACACGGGGCAGGAGGGCUUCUUCGCGGUGUACGACGGGCACGGCGGGUCCCGCGUGGCGGAGGCGUGCAGGGAGCGGAUGCACGUGGUGCUCGCGGAGGAGGUGCGGCGGCUCCGUCGCCGGGUGGACAGCGAAUGGCAGGGCGGGGCCUCGGACGACGGCGCGCAGUGGAAGGAGGCCAUGGCGGCGUGCUUCGCGCGGGUGGACGGCGAGGUCGGCGCCGACGACGGCGACACCGACGCAGCCGGCGAGCAGACGGUGGGCUCCACGGCCGUCGUCGCCGUGGUGGGCCCGCGCCGCAUCGUGGUGGCCAACUGCGGCGACUCCCGCGCCGUGCUCUCCCGCGGCGGCGCGCCCGUCCCGCUCUCCUCCGACCACAAGCCAGACCGACCUGAUGAGCUGGAAAGAGUAGAAGCAGCUGGUGGCAGGGUCAUUAACUGGAACGGAUACCGUAUCCUGGGAGUGCUUGCGACUUCUAGGUCAAUCGGAGACUAUUACCUGAAACCAUAUGUCAUAGCGGAGCCAGAGGUUACCAUCAUGGACCGGACAGACAAAGACGAGUUCCUUAUAUUGGCAAGCGAUGGUCUGUGGGACGUCGUGUCCAACGACAUUGCCUGCAAGAUCGCGAGGAAUUGCCUAAGUGGGCGUGCGGCUUCCAAGUACCCCGAGUCCGUCUCUGGUAGCACGGCGGCCGACGCCGCAGCGCUGCUUGUUGAGCUCGCCAUCUCGCGCGGCAGCAAGGACAACAUCAGCGUCGUUGUGGUGGAGUUGCGACGACUGAAGAGUAGGAUGGGAGCGGUGAUCAAAGAGAACCGCAGGUAGUACUAGUAGUAGUAAUGUAGAAGUGGCCGGCUGUCACAAGAAUAGCAUGGUAACGGGAAAGAAAGAAAGAAAGAAAGAAUUAGCAGCUGAGUUCGUGGGGAUGGUGUAGCUAAAACGGCUCAGGGACGUUGUGACUGCUGUUGAGUUGAGUGCGCUAUUUGCAGCCGUGCUGUUGUAUUGCGUUGUGUUGGUUCUUUGUAGUUCUUCUAUGCUGACGUUCAGGGCGAAGCGGCAGGAAGCAUAAGCUGCAUUCGUCAGUUCUGAUCAUUAGUUUUGCCUAAAACGGCU